ACGUUAUGUACGGCUCGGGGAGUGAAUAUCUCGGUCGAAGAGGAGCUAAAAAAAUCCAUGUGCUCGCUUUGUGAUAAGGUUCUCCGCGGUGGCCCGAGUGGACUCUCGACUCGGUCGAAUCCCUGAGUAUCGAGAAUGGCCGAGUCGAUCGGCCGCGACUCGGCCUUCGCCGCCUGAGGUAACGCGCGCGCGGUGACAAUGAUUUCCGCGCUUUUUCUUCCGUUAAUUGUUAACCGAGCUUUGUAAAGUGGCUUUACGUGUCGCUUGUCCCAGAGACGAAUCAUUUCCAGGCCUGGCGGCUCCAAAAACGGCCCCGACGUGGUAACGCUCGGGUUCCGCCGGUAAUCUGGAAGAAUGUAUUGCAUGCAGUGGCUCAUCCCCGUGCUGCUCUUGCCGAAACCAGUCAAUCCAGCGCUAUUGCAGACCCAUGUCAUGUUUAUGGUGCUCUACUUAGUCGGUUUCUUUCUGGAGAAGAAGCCGUGCAUCAUCUGCAGCAUAGUCUUCCUGGCCGCGGUCUUCUUGAUCUGCUACAGUGGCGUCGGAAACUGCCUCUUCUGGAGCACAAACUGUGACACGGUUAGUUGCGAGAACGAUUGAGGGCGGAGACUUUUCUCUGUGCGAUCGGUUCUUAAUGCUCGUCACUGCAGGGAGCUUCCCAUGUUUUACUCUGUAAUUUAAUUUAAGACGAUAAGCUAAACACUUAAUCUUUAGCCGAUUCUGUACCAUAACCUGUAAUUACUACUUCCACUCAUUUUAAAGCCUACGCCGGCAUUUUGGUGAGCAAACCGUGUCUGUCGAAGGACGUUUGUCGGGGGACUUAUUCGAAUGACGUACAAUCUUUCGAUCGAAGCAAUGCCAUUCGUUGAUACACAGCCAUUGCGUCUUUCAAGAAAGUUUAUUAUAAUAUCGGUGGUUUGUUAUGCAGAACACGUGUUAAGCGACGCAAGGGAGUUACUGGUCAGUUAGUGGUUACCUUUUUGUUAAACAAUAAAUGUUAACCUUAUA